CGCGGAUUCAUGAUCAUUCGAGGCAUUGCAACCGACUACGUUUUACAUAUAUCUAUCAAAUCGUCAUUCUAUACUUUGUACGUGAUUGCAUUUUUUUUCUUCUUGACAAACAAGCAACUUCUGUGAACGAGACUUUCUGUGCACAUAUAUAUAUUACAGCUUUUUAUUUUGCUAUCGAAGAGAUAACGAAACAUUCGUUGAGUAAAUUCUUAGUGGAAUUUGUACAGCAACAGACAAGUUAAACGGGAGCUGACAUACAAGGAAGUAGAUAUGGCUGCGACACUCAAUUCCUUCGUCAACUCAUUCAACAAUAAACUAGAGGCUCCAGUUCGACAACACCUCAAAAAUGUCUAUGGCUGCCUGUCACUUUCUACCAUCUCUGCAGCUGUUGGAGCUUAUGUACAUAUGUACACUUACAUCAUGCAAGCUGGUCUCUUGUCAACAAUUGGAGCACUUGGAUUAAUUUUUGCUCUAAUCAGUACUCCUGAUAAUGGCAAGAAUCGAUCGCUUCGUUUGGGAUAUCUUCUAGGAUUUGCUUUCCUCACUGGAUUAGGGAUGGGUCCUCUUUUAGAGAUGGUGGUCAGCGUUGAUCCUAGCAUUGUUAUAUCUGCACUUGUUGGUACCACUGUAGUCUUUGUAUCAUUCAGCAUUGCUUCUCUACUUUCUCAACGAGGCCAAUGGCUGUACCUUGGUGGCACUUUAAUCAGUGCUCUUAACAUGUUGGUUUUGUUUUCAUUAGCCAACAUCUUCUUCAGAUCUCAAAUGAUUUAUCAAAUUCACCUUUAUCUUGGCCUCUUUGUCAUGUGUGGCUUCAUUAUCUAUGAUACACAAUACAUAAUUGAGAAAAACCGAAUGGGCAGCAAAGACUACAUCGCUCACUCUCUUGAUCUGUUCCUUGAUUUUGUUAAUGUUUUCCGACAUUUGCUCAUCAUCCUUACUCAAAAGGAGGAGCGGAAUCAGAAAAAACGCAAACAGUGAGUUUGAUGUGGGCAUAUGAAAUUAAUCCAGAUACUAGAGGUCUUCGUCUAUCCUAUCAGUUCAUAGUUCUAUACAUACAUGCCUAACCAAACAUAUUACACCCAUAAACAAAACUAUAUUUACAAAAAUACCUAUUCUAGUAUCUCAUAAGUGAAUGAGUGAAAAAACAUAAAAAUGAGACUUACGACUUUUCCUACAAUACACAGAAAAAAUUAGCAGGCAAUUGAAAUUCAAUUGUUUAGUCUUGCAUAGAAACUUUCUUAUUUCAUUUUAAGCCUGGAAAAUUUACUAAAAAUGCAUUUUAAUAACGAUAUGAAAUGAAACUUGUAUACCGUUAAUCAAUGAAGACAAAAUAUUUAUUUUCUUUAUUCAUUUGGGUGAUAAAAAAAUUUUAGUUUAAGUGAUUCUAGGCUACAUUUUAUAGCACGUCGGAAAAUCAAUCUUCUCUAAAUUUUUUCAACUUAAUUUUCAAGCAACUACGGCACUGUAUUUAUUUAUAUCCACUAUUUGUAAAUUAUAGUUGUUAGACAUUAUCUUAUUGAAAAGUUUUCUAUAAUGCAGCAAAGGUUUUUUCCAUCUUCUUUGAGAAAACUGAUUUUCCGAAAUUUUUGCCUCUACUUAUGGCGUUCACUGAAUCGAAUUAAUACAAAAUUUUCUAUUAAGUUUAUCAUUUAAAAAUGAAUAUUGUAUUAUAUUAUAUACUUUAUCUUUAAAUAAAAGAAAUUUACCAGUUUGUAGCCUUGCUUUUAUUAUUUUUGUAUUAUUAUGAAAAACAUUCGUUGAUCUUUCAAAAUAAAUGCUAAAUGAACUAUUGCAAAACGUAGUGUUAGAAUUAUACAUAUAAGUGAAAGCAUAUUAACCAAGUACAUUUAAAAAAAAAAGGGAAAAAUGAUCGAUACAACUUGCACUAUAUUUUAUAUGUUAAAUAAAAUAUUAUUUGAACACAUGUUCAAUUGAUAGUAAAAUUUUACUGGUAGUUAGUCACAUUUGUUUUCUAUAUUUAUUAAAUAUACCGCGAAGUUGUAAUCGGUUGUAUACUUUAUGCAUAGGAUAUUCUUUCAUGUAUUAUAGAAUUUUCGAAAAAUGUAAAAACCGAAAAUUAUCAAUAAGGAUUGGAAAAUAAAUUACAAUAGAUUACAAAAUCAAAUGAUAUAUUUCAACUGAAGUCAAUCACAUACUAAUGUGAAAAAUGAACUCCAAAUAAAAAAGUAUUAAUAUAUAGUUUUUUUCAAUUGGUUAGAACAUGUAUUAAAACGACGUAGAAUGUAUCAAUCACCAUAAAAAGACUAAAAUGUUUUUUAAGUAGUAUUGGAAUUUAUAUUUUUGUAGUAUUUUUAUUGGUACCGUUCUAGUUACUAUAGUUUUCUUGCAAAAAAUAUUGUUUACUGAACAAUAUAAAUGAGUUGUUCUAAUUUCAUCAAUUUGUAUAUGGUAAUUUUGUGAUACACGCUGAUCUUUCUCGUCUAAAACGUGUACUGACAAAUAUAAGUCAAUAACAUAUACUUUAUAUGAAACUUUAAUGAUUGGAAUUAUUGAUAUCGAACAUGCUAUGUAUAUAUUUAUGAAUACAAA